UUCUGACUAGCUCAUUAGACAUCGGUUUUAUCGCUCAAGUCAGUAGUCGUUUCGGUACAAUAGUUUUGCAAUAAACAUAAUGGGAAGAGAUAAAGCUCAAAUAAUUGGUCCAAAUGGUGAAACUUAUCAUCCUACAUUGAAAAUUAACAUCGAUAGUAAUCCAGAAAAAGAUGCUGAAGAAUUAUAUCAAGCAAUGAAAGGAUGGGGAACUGAUGAACAUCGUAUCAUUAAGGUUUUGGGUUAUCGUGAUUCUUAUCAACGAAUUAAAAUACGUGAAACUUUUAAAUCAAUGUAUGGAAAGGAUUUAAUCGAUGAAUUAUGCAGUGAAACCAGUGGUAAUUUUAGAAAACUAUUGAAAAUGCUUUUAACUGAUGUGGACAAAGUGAAUGCUCGUGCAUUAUACAAAGCAAUGAAAGGCGGUGGAACAGAUGAAGCAACAAUUAUUGAAGUUUUAUGUACUGCAACUAAUUAUGAAAUUGAAGAUAUUAAAUCUGCCUAUUUAUCUGUUUUAAAGGAUUAUGGAAUCAGUGAUCCUCGACGAAAUUUAGAAACUGAUGUUCAAGAUGAUUUAAGUGGACAUUUUCAACAUCUUGUUGUUGCACUGCUUCAAGCUAAACGUGAUGAAAUUCCAUUUCAAGAUAUUGAAAAAAUCUGUACAAGAGGAGUAAAAAGUGUAGUGGAUAUGAAUUUAGUUGAAAAAGAUGUUGAAACAUUAUGGGAUGCUGGUGAAGCCCGUUUAGGAACUGAUGAAGCUGCCAUCAUUAACAUUAUGGCUAAUCGUAGUGUUUGGCAUUUACAAGAAGUCGCUCGUUUAUUUGAAAAGAAAUUUGAGAAAUCAUUGAUGGAUUCACUGGCAUCUGAAACAUCAGGAGAUUUUGAAAGUGCUCUAUUGUUAAUUUUGAGUGUCAUUCAUUCUAUUUGGAUUAAUACGUUUUUACAGAGUGACAUUUAUUGA